GUUGGAUUCAUGAAAUAUUGGCCACAUCACUGCCCUUGCUGCUGAAUUAGGGGCACUCAGGAAUGGCCUAAAUAUUGCAAUUAACUUCCAUUUCCAGAAUGCCAUCGUGGAGACAGAUUGUCAGGUUGCAUUUUUUACUUCUAGCUGGUGCACCUAACCUAUUCCAUCCUCACAGUAUCUUGAUUAUGGACUGCAGAGACCUUUUGGGCAUGAAUUCUCAAACCCAGGUGAAGCAUGCGCUGAGGGAGAGCAACACAGCUGCUGAUGCAAUUGCAAAGAAAGGGUUCACGCCUCACAUGUCCUUCACAUUUUGUGUGUGAUGUUUCUCUGAUGUGGACUUUUUGUGUGUUGUGGAUCAUGAAGGGAUUGGUUAUCUCAGACAAUAAGUGUGUUUUAAAAUAUGAAAUUCAACUAUUUCAGUUUUACCUGUAUGUUAAAAAUAUGACUAUGAUACUAAAAUUAUUAAAUUAUU